AUGGAGCGGAUGGACAUGGAAGCGAAGAUUAAAACAGAAUAUCAUUUGAGACAUCGAAUCUGUCAAGUUUGUGAGAACGGAUUGAGCAGUAUAGACGAGAUGAAUCUCAGUAGCUGCGAAACAAGGGUGGAUGUUUUGAUCGUGCUGUGGCGUUCCUACGAAGAGAAUCAUAUCAAAUUGCUUUGCGAGCCGUUUUACGCUCAAGAUUCCUCAUUUUAUGUUGACGAAGAGAAAUUUGCACAAACCGAGCAUAAGUACUUAAUAGCGCUCGGGAAAUUCAAGAAUCACGUGGUAGAGUUGAAGGCAAAAAUGUCUACUUCCAGAAGCGCAUUAAUCACCGUGGAACCCCCCGCGAUCAUACAAUCGGAACUUCCGGCCAUCGAUCUACCGAGAUUUUCGGGAAAAUUCGAAGAUUGGAUUGAAUUCAAAUAUAAAUUCCAGUCACUUGUUCUGUCGCGCGGAGAAUUAUCGGACGCAUUGAAAAUGCAGUAUCUCUUAUCCUGUUUGCCAAACGAAGCUGCCUCACUAGUAAGAUAUCUUCCGGUCAGCGCAGACCAGUAUGAACAUGCGUGGAAGAUACUUUCAGUCAAUUAUCAGAAGAAUCAGGUGAUCGUCAAAAAACAUCUCGACGAACUAUUUUCCAUAAAACCGAUGCAGUCGAAGGCCGCCUCCGAGAUGAGUCGUAUCAUCACAACGACCACGAAAAUUCUAAACGAGCUAGAAGCUCUCGGCCGGCCGACUAAGUAUUGGGACGAUAUCCUAAUACAUUUAACGAUUGCUCGUCUCGAUUCUCAAUCGCAGAAGAUAUGGGAAACGCUAGUGGACAACUCGGCAAAGCCUAUCGAACAGCCGUCGACGUAUGCAGAUUUGAAAAAAUUCCUUGACAUACGACAGUAUACCCUUGAAUUGUUGGAACACGCACGAUCUGAAUAA